AUGAAGCUCCUCACUUCCUUCGCCAUCCUCGCCUCUGCUGCCCAGAUCGCCUCCGCCCACUACAUCUGGAACACCCUUACCUUCGGUUCUGGUACUUCCACCGCUGCUGUUCGCCAGCCCCAGAGCAACAGCCCCGUCGAGAAUGUCAGCUCGAACGACAUGAGGUGCAACGUCAACCCCAGGGGCGCGUCUGAGGUCAUCCAGGUCGCCGCUGGAAGCACUGUCGGCUUCAACUUGGACAACACCUUGUACCAUCAAGGACCUGCUGCUAUCUACUUGGGUCAGGCUCCCGGCGGUAGCGUCACCAACUGGGACGGAAGCGGUGCCAACUGGUUCAAGAUCGAUGAGUGGGGUGCCACCUUCAACCCCUUCAACUUCAUUCCUUUCAACAAGAGCCACCUCUCUACUACUAUUCCCGCUAACACUCCUAAUGGAGAGUACCUCCUACGAAUUGAGCAAAUCGGUUUGCACGUUGCUGGUGCUCCUCAGUACUACAUCUCGUGCGCUCAGAUCCGCGUGACUGGUGGCGGUGGAGGCAACCCUCCCAAGGUCUCCAUCCCCGGAUACGUCUCUGCCAGCGACCCCGGUCUUACCGUUAACAUCUACAACCCUGUUCCCACUUCGUACACUGUAAGUUUUCCCCCCUCUGAGCGAAAGAUUGGGAACUGA